CUACAUCAUAUUGACAACUUGGAAAUCGAAUCGAAAAGAAACUUACUUACAAAAUGUCAAUAAAUGUUUUGUUGCGAAUCAUUAACAACAAAAUUGGACGCGCUUGUUGCAUGUGCUGAACUUUAAGACUUAACAUACAUGUGCUAUUCAUGAACACAUGAACAUAUAUUUAAUGAUAUGAAGCUGUGAUUAUUUAUGGCAUUUUGAUUCGCUAAAAGUUGCUGGCGUCUCCAAGAAUGCAGAGGAAACCAGGAUUCCCCGUAGCAAACUGCAAUAUCAAAAUGCCGGAAUCUGUGGUCCCUGACAUACCUGGUGAUGACGAUUGGGAACCACAGCAACGUCGACAGCAACUCAUCAAUUUUGGCCACUCGCAGUGGACCUUCAAUAAUUGGAGUUGGUCGGUGACAAAACAAGACUUGGACUUUGUAGAAUUAGUAAAUGGGAAAUAUACUGCGGGUGUUGCAGCUUUUGUUAAUGUGUCUGUGAAGAGCUUUGACAUCCAUCGUGAGAAUGUUGGUUAUGCCACAUCUGUGGGAGUCACUAAAGGAUCUGCUAUACACAGGGCAAGAAAGUGUGCAGUUACAAACGCCUUGCGCGAGACGCUACUCAGUUUCGGUGGCAGCGUCGCCUCAGAUCUGCUCGAGCUACUGGAAGCGAACAAAGCGGAGACCCCAGUGGAGCCGCAGCAGGAGAACAACCCGAACUUGCUGAACAAGCCGACGGAGCCGAAAAACUCGCAGCGAAAGGACCCGGAGAGCGCGAGCGGGAUGCGGGUGCCGCCGCCCGCCAUCAAGAACGCGGCCGUCCCGCCCGUGGCGCUGGCGCACCCCAUGCCGGCCAACCUGCCCGCGCGCCCGCCCGCCAACGCGCCGCGCGCCGCCGCGCCGCGCCCCAACGUGAGUUUCGUGGUGCCGGUGGUGGGCGGCGUGGUGCCGGGCGUGGGCGGCGUGGUGCCGGCCGUGGGCGGCGUGGUGCCGCCGCUGUACGCGCCGCCGCGCCUGCCCGCGCCGCCGCCGCCGCUCUACCCCAACGCCUACUACGAGUACUCGGGUCCGUGGCACUUCGCGUACGAGCCGUACGAGCGGCCCCACGGUAACGUUAACCUGAACUUCAACAUGCCGCCCAAGAACCUCGUGGUCAACGGCCGCGCGGGCUCCGUCGAGUGCAAGAACGCCUGCCGGCAGGGCCCCGCGGGGCCCGAGGUAGACCCGAGCCACUACCCCCCGGCGCAGAACCAGGGCUGCUGGAUCAAACCGACGAUCUUCUAUGACGGGUUCUGGACGGAGCAGAAGGUGAAAAAGUGGGUGGCGGAGCAGGUCGAGAAACAGUUUCCGGAGGACGCUUCUAAAUCUUCCUCCCCCAGCGGGGGGCAAUCUGAACCCUCCGCCCCCAAACCUUAAGGGACCGGAGUGGAACAUAUGCUGUAAGACCCCAAGUGUUGCCCGUGAAAAAAUAAAUAAUUACUAAAAGCUCACUGCCAUUUAUAAGUGCGCCCGAAUUUAAUGUUUUCAUCUUUAUAGAAACAAGAUUUUUAUUUUCUAGGUAAAAAGUAUUUUAAAUGCAUUAUUUAAUCCCUUAAUGGAGGUUAUGUAACACUCUGCAUUACAGCAUAUGUUAGAGCUUAGUGUGCUCUAGCUCUAAAGUAUAUUUUAAUCUCUAGACAGCGCGUUUCGAAGGUAGUGAUUAUACACUUAGUUGAUGUAAGUAUAUUUUUUAUUCAAAAAAUACACUAUUUUUUAUCGAAUUUUUCCUGAAGUUACUAGUUAUAGUAUAGGAUGUUAGGAUGUCAGCUGAUAUAGGCUUGGUGUUGCAUAAAAUUAUAAUAGGGGUGGUUUAGUGGGUAAACGAUAAUUUUAUUUUUUUAUUGAAAUUAAAUAUUUAUCCAUCGAUACUAUUUUAAUUCUAACACUUAGAAUCAGUUUCGGUAUAAAAGUAUUUAAAUAUCGAUAAAGGUAUUCUGCAGAAAAUCUUAUUUCACUUGUUAAUUUUAACAAAGUAAAAGUUUUUCUAUGGAAAUGUAUUUACACAACUAAAUCACCCCACAAAAUGGACUAUAAUCGGUAUAGUUUGCUUUCUAUACUGUGGGCAGGUUUUGUAGUUGUUAUAAGCAAUACUAGAUUAUACUAUAUUCAUCCAUUUGAAAUGAUAUGAUCACUGUCACGAGGUUUUAACUAUAGCGAAGGUAAUGUAUUGCCCGGGUCUUGAUUUAAUGGGUAAAGUUAAAAGUCAGUGUGAAACUUUUAUUUAUAUAUAAAUAUAUCAAUAUAUUAUUACAUAGACAAACACACCGACAUAAUAAAAUUAAUAAUUAAAUGUCAUAUUUUAUUUGUGGCUACUUUUUGGCUUAUGAAAUCAUAUAACACGACGAACACGUUUUAUUAAAAACGGGUGACAGGAAAUCUGAGUUAAUUUACUUAAAAAUAAAUCAGUCAAUUGCAUUUUACGCACCCAAGAAAAUUUAGAUUUUCAAUUAUUUGUAAAAUAGCUUUUAAUCUUUAUUACCCUUUAAAAUUAAGAUAAUGUUGUUUUAUGCUCAAUUUGGAAGUAACCGGGCAAUGCUGGUACCUGCCAGAUAUUUUGCCCAAAUAUUAAUAUAGCUAUAGAGAAAUGUUUACAAAUUUUUUAUAAACAAAGUAUUGUACUCGAAUUUAGUUCUAAAUAAAGGAAUUGCAAUGUACAUAGUUCGAACGUAGAUAUAACGAUAUUGUGUGGUAUUCAAUACGUGUUUUUAUUACAAUAAAUUGUUUGACAUUGAAA